AGGCCCCAUAGCCUGGUGUGCUACCGCCUGGCCUUGGGGUUUUUGCCCAGGGUUUCGGCCACCAGCCCCUUGGAUGGCCUCCAAGAUGGUGAUAUCUGCCCGCCCCACAAUUCUGCUACAGCUAAUACAUAAAGACACGCCUGGAGGGCCAGGAGCAAGCAUCCGGGAGCAGGUGCUAGAGGAGUUUCUCUGUGACCAGAAGUACAGCGAUGAAGAAGACCUGCCAGAAAAGCUCUCAGCCUUCAAAGAGAAGUACAUGGAGUUUGACCUGAACAAUGAAGGCGAGAUUGACCUGAUGUCUUUAAAGAGGAUGAUGGAGAAGCUCGGGGUGCCCAAGACCCACCUGGAGAUGAAGAAGAUGAUCUCGGAGGUGACAGGUGGGGUCAGCGACACCAUCUCCUACCGAGACUUUGUGAACAUGAUGCUGGGGAAACGGUCGGCUGUCCUCAAGCUAGUCAUGAUGUUUGAAGGAAAAGCCAAAGAGAGCAGCCCCAAGCCUGUUGGGCCCCCUCCAGAGAGAGACAUUGCCAGCCUGCCCUGAGGAUCUGCCUGGACCUGCCCCUGCCCUCCCUGCCCCUGUUCCUCCCUCCUGGUCUCCCUGCCCUCUGGACUUAUGGUGUUUUGUCUUAUUUGGGUUUUCUGCUCAUUGGGCAUGUUUAUUUGGGUUUUUUCAUCUGCAGAAUCAGCGAUCUCUUUGUAAAGCACAAAUUAUCUGCCUUAAAGGGGCUCUGGGCCCCUCCCUCUCUUCCUCCACCCUUCUCCCCGCCCCCCACCCGUGCAGAAGGGCUGACAUCAAACCAAAAAACCGGAGGAGGGCGAGGCCAGGGCAGGGAGGCUGGAAGCUGGGGAUCCCCACGCUUCCUGGAGGUCUCUGUGCUUAGCCCAGGCUCGCUGGCCUGACCCUGGCAAGGACCUUGGCCCACUUCCAGGAGACCUUGGGGUAGGGACAAGGCUGCAGGGCCUCGCCAGGGAUUCCUCAGACACUCUGAGGUUUCAGUGCUCUCGGUGGUCCAGGACGUGGACACUUGCUGCCCCACCGCCCUGGCUGAUGCCCCACUCGGGCCAUGCUUUUUCUCAUAAUUGGUGAGGUGACAGAAGAGGGAAAGUAAGCAAUCUGAGCCCUUCAAGAAGGUUCAGGAAGAAAUCCUCCGGCCUUGCCCCCCUGGCCACACUUUACAGGCAGCUCAGAGGGAGCCCUGUCCCUUGCUGGGCAGCAAAGGGCUUUGGAGGUACAGGGAAGACCAGGGGCCUUGGGAAGGAGGGCAUCCAGCCUAGUGCUCCCCUUAGGGAGGGGACUGAGGGUGACAGGGUAGGACAAUGGAGAAUAAAAUGCUUGUGGCAAAAAGGGUCAGCACAGCUGUUAAGCCAAGACCUGAGAAAUAGGAGGUUGCCUUUCCCAUCCCAGUCUGCUGGAAAACUGGCUGCUUCCCUCCUUCGCCUUCCCACCUUCCAUUAUUCAUUUAUUCAUUCACUUAC